AUGGAAUGGCGUUUCGAAUUGAUAGAACGGCCUUACGGUGGCGUAACCGAAGGCCCGAUAUGGGAUGGGGAGGCGGUCUACUUCACCCACAUACCCACAAGCCGCAUCGUGCGCUACGACCUCGUCAAUGAGGGCAUCUCUGAAUGGCGGCGAGGCACGAACCGUACCAACGGUCUGGCCCACGACACCCAAGGCCGGCUGUACGGCUGCUGCUCCGGAGGCCGCUCCAUCGUGCGGUUUGAGCCCGACGGGUCGACUACCACCGUCGCCGACCGGGUUGACGGCCGGAAGCUCAAUACCCCAAAUGACUUGGCGAUUGACCACCAAGGCCGCAUCUGGUUCACCAAUCCGUGGAAUGUAGGCAACAUAGACCCUGCCGAGGUUGAAGAGCUGGACAACCGCGCCGACAUAGGCUUGGACCGGGAACUGCGGGCCUACCCCAUCAACGAUGACGGAAGCCUGGGUCCUUACAAUACCUUGCACACCUUUGGCAAAGACCGGGAUGCCGUCCACCGCGGCAUCGACGGCAUGUGCUUCGACGUGGACGGCAACAUCAUUGCCACUGCGGGCUGGCCCGACGGUGGUCCGGGGCCGAUGAUUUACGUCUUCUCUCCCACAGGCAGGGUCCUCGAGACCCAUCGAGUGCCGGCGCGAAUGCCCACCAACUGUUGCUUUGGCGGCCCCGACCGGACUACCCUGCGCCAGUUGCGGGAAGGCGGCGGCCGGGGCACCGGCAUAGACCAUGUGGAGGAGUUGUUUGGCAGUAUCGAGCUUUACAUUUACCAGACUCCCAACACCCGCCCUAAGGGUUACUCCAACCUGAAGCUUUACUUGGAGGCACAGGAGUGCGAGGUGAUCUUCACCGCCGAGGCACCUCCCGAGCUCAGCAAGUACGAGACUAUGCGUAUUACUCAUAAACGGACCGAACCAAUACCAAUGGCUGUCAUAAAGCGGGCCCAUUCGUGGGCUCACCAGAGGAACUAUCUCCACAGCUUCUUCAAGCCCAUGUACCGGUAA